CCACCACUACUAAUAGGAUCGAUAGCACAUGUCUUUUUCUAUAUCUGAAGCAUCUUAAAGUUCUGAAUCUUCAAUGGCUUCUCUACUCAACAUGGUUUCGGUUCCACCAAGAAUAUCGCCACCCUCAUUCUCCAGAACCCCUUCACUUCAUGCUCGACCCAUUUUGCCACCCUUUUCUCUCUCAUUUUCCAGGAGGAGAUUAUCUAUUAGGGCAACAGAAACCGAUACUAAUGAAGUUGAAUCUCAGGCGCCCAAUACAGCACCAUCUAAAGAUGGUUCAAGCCUCAAUCAGCUUCUUGGUAUUAAAGGAGCUGCCCAAGAAACAAAUAAAUGGAAGAUCCGUCUUCAACUUACAAAGCCUGUCACUUGGCCCCCAUUAGUUUGGGGUGUAGUUUGUGGUGCUGCUGCCUCUGGAAACUUCCAUUGGAAUUUUGAGGAUGUCGCUAAAUCAAUUGUGUGCAUGAUGAUGUCUGGCCCAUUCUUGACAGGAUAUACACAGACUCUGAAUGAUUGGUACGACCGAGAAAUUGAUGCAAUAAAUGAACCUUACAGACCAAUUCCUUCUGGGGCGAUAUCUGAGAAUGAGGUAAUCACUCAAAUAUGGGUGUUGCUGCUUGGAGGUAUUUCUCUGGCUGGUAUAUUGGACAUAUGGGCAGGGCAUGAUUUCCCUAUAGUAUUUUACCUUGCAGUGGGUGGAGCCUUACUGUCUUAUAUAUAUUCUGCCCCUCCUUUAAAGUUAAAACAAAAUGGAUGGAUUGGAAACUUUGCUCUUGGAGCAAGUUACAUUAGCUUGCCGUGGUGGGCUGGUCAGGCUUUGUUUGGGACUCUUACACCAGAUAUAAUUGUUCUCACACUCCUUUACAGCAUAGCAGGACUGGGAAUUGCUAUUGUUAAUGACUUCAAAAGUAUUGAAGGGGAUAGAGCUCUAGGGCUUCAGUCUCUUCCAGUUGCUUUUGGUGCUGAAACUGCAAAAUGGAUAUGUGUUGGCGCUAUUGACAUUACACAAUUAUCCGUAGCUGGAUAUUUACUUGGGGCUGAUAAACCGCUUUAUGCGUUGGCUUUGCUUGGUUUAAUUAUUCCACAAGUCAUAUUUCAGUUCAAGUACUUCCUCAAGGACCCUGUGAAAUAUGAUGUUAAAUAUCAGGCUAGUGCACAGCCAUUUUUGGUGCUUGGUCUGUUGGUUACUGCUCUAGCAACUAGCCACUGAUCUUCAUGCGCAAAAAAAGCUACCAAAGGGGCAUUAAUUCACAUAUAAUAAAGAAGGGACUCACCGAUUAGAAGGGAUAUAAGAGUGGGAUACCUGCAUUCAAGAUAUGGCCAUAGCUUUUGCUUUCCCCUCAUCCUUCUUGCUCUCUCCUCUUAUCCCCUUGUUCAAUUUUUGAUUAUUUUCUCUUUAGGAAGCUUAAAAGGACUAUGAAUUGUACAAAGUGUAGACACAUUCCCUUGAACCACGGACCCUUUCUACCUAUCUUUGAUUUGAGAUAAAAUUUAAAGCUAUUUCCGUUA